AUGGUGGGCACCAAGAACACCACGUAUGCCGAGGAGAGCGCUGAGGUCGAGGUGCUCUACGCCAAUCUCGACAAGCUCAAAGUAUUAACAAAGAAGAUCCAAGGAUCCCUCGAUCGCCUGGAGACAAGCGGAAAGGUGGUCAAAGAUGCGAUCGGUCCGAUCUACAGCAACACACAGACUUUGCAAAUCACCAACAGCAACAUCGACCGCGUGAUUGAAGCCAUUGACAAGCUCCGGAAGCCGCUGGAUGCAAAAGGCAAAGAGGAAGGAAUUAUACGGGCUGGUCCCCAAAGUGCAGGUUUAUCACAGUACCUUGCUGCCUUGAAACGAAUCGAUUACGCUCUACAGAAUCUAAACUCAACAAAUCUAAAGUCUAAUCAACAAGCUAUCACAGAAUUUACAUCACUACUCAACUUUGGCAGCCAGAAACUGCAGGAUCUAUUUCGGUCAAUGCUAAAACAAAAUGUCGAACCAAUCGAGCCAUUACACUACCUUACAAAGCAGCUCCCCUUUCCUUCAAUACCCGAAGAAACCAUUGCCGAGCUCGCCCCAAUUGCGAGUGCCAUUACCUCCGCCGCUGCUCAAUUACCGCAGCGCGGGCCAGAGGAUCCCGCCGUAAGUAUUUACGCCGAGACACGCGGACCAUAUAUUACGUCAAGCUUGCAAAAUCUUGCAAUAGCUUCGAUCAGCACCGCAAAACGCCGCCCCGACGAUGGACCGUAUAAGCAAGGCACGAACGGAAUCGGGGUUUAUUCCAGUGCACUGGAAGGCUUUAUUUCGGUCGAGCACGACGCUAUCGUUCAGAUAUAUACCGGGGAAAACCAGGGACGGGCAUUGCAAGCUACAUGCCGAUCAGCAUUGGCCGAGUUUUCAAAGACACUGCGAGAGCUUAAUCAGUAUAUCAAAGCUAAUCUGAUGACGGACUGUUUCCUUGCUUUCGAGAUUAUCGAAAUUGUGACCGCGAUGUCCUAUAGAAUCGAUGCAAAGACCGGCGAACUCAAGAGUUUAUUCAUUGAAGCUCUACGGCCAAUUCGCGAAACAGCAAAAUCAUCACUAUCAGAAUUAUUGGAAGAGACGAAAAAGAAGGCAGCCGCAUAUACUGUUCUACCACCGGAUGGCGGGACCGUUCCGUUGGUAAAUGAGGUGAUGAGUUCUUUGACAACAUUGACAGGUUACUCCGGCCCUCUGGCCUCUAUUCUUACGUCCUUGGGUGACGGAAAUUGGCGGUCUAAGUCUCAGUCUGCCAGCACGACCCCUCUAGAUGUCAGUCCGGACAGCCAGACAUUAUUUUCUCAUUUUAUUCUUGACAUGGUUGAAGCCCUUAUGAACUCAUUGGAGGCUCGUGGCCGGGCAACCUAUCGCUCAAAAGCGGUUUUGGGAGUGUUUAUAUCAAAUACAUUUUGUGUUGUCGACAGAUCUAUACGCGCCAGUUCAGAUCUUUCACGAUAUCUUGCGAGUCCUGAUAGCAUUGCCAAGAUUGAUGCAUUCCGCAAACGCGGUACCUCAGCCUACCUUGAAGCUUGGCGUGAGACGAAUCAAUAUCUGCUUGAUGUGCAGUAUACUUCUCGAGGAGGACCUCGGUCAUCUACCCAACAGACAGACUCUGCCCAGGUUGUCAAGUCACUAUCAUCCAAAGACAAAGACGCCAUCAAGGAGAAAUUCAAAUCAUUUAAUGCCACCUUUGAUAGCUUGGUUACUCAACACCGGCAACUUCAUAUGGAACGUGAAGUGCGCGGAGCUCUUGGCCGUGAGGUGCAGGGUGUUUUGGAGCCGCUCUAUGGUCGUUUCCAUGACCGGUAUCAUGAGAUUGACAAGGGAAGAGGGAAAUAUGUGAAAUAUGACAAGGCGGCAUUUUCAGCUCAGCUUGCCGCGUUGUGUUAG